AUGGACGGACUGCUCGUGAGAUACAGCGCAUGCGUCGAGUCGACGGGUCGCAUGGACCAAUACACCCUGGUGUACUGUAAUCUGGUGUACUGUUACCUGGUGUACUGUGACCUGGUGUACAGUAAUCUGGUGUACUAUAACCUGGUGUACUGUAACCUGGUGUACUGUAAUCUAGUGUACUGUAACCUGGUGUACUGUAACCUGGUGUACUGUUACCUGGUGUACUGUGACCUGGUGUACAGUAAUCUGGUGUACUAUAACCUGGUGUACUGUAACCUGGUGUACUGUAAUCUAGUGUACUGUAACAUGGUGUACUGUAACCUGGUGUACUGUAGCCUGGUGUACUGUAAUCUAGUGUACUGUAAUCUGAUGUACUGUAACCUGGUGUACUGUAACCUGGUGUACUGUAGCCUGGUGUACUGUAAUCUUGUGUACUGUUACCUGGUGUACUGUAAUCUGGUGUACUGUAACCUGAUGUACUGUAACCUGGUGUACUGUAACCUGAUGUACUGUAAUCUAGUGUACUGUAACCUGGUGUACUGUAACCCGAUGUACUGUAACCUGAUGUACUGUAAUCCGGUGUACUGUAACCUGGUGUACUGUAAUCUGGUGUACUAUAACCUGGUGUACUGUAAUCUAGUGUACUGUAAUCUAGUUUACUGUAACCUGGUGUACUGUAACCUGGUGUACUGUAAUCUUGUGUACUGUAACCUGGUGUACUUGUACUGUAACCUGGUGUACUGUAACCUGGUGUACUGUAGCCUGGUGUACUGUAAUCUAGUGUACUGUUACCUGGUGUACUGCAACCUGGUGUACUGUAAUCUAGUGUACUGUAAUCUAGUGUACUGUAACCUGGUGUACUGUAACCUGGUGUACUGUAAUCUAGUGUACUGUAACCUGGUGUACUGUAACCUGGUGUACUGUGACCUGAUGUACUGUAACCUGGUGUACAGUAAUCUGGUGUACUGUAACCUGGGGUACUGUAACCUGGUGUACUGUAAUCUGGUGUACUUUAAUCUGGUGUACUGUAACCUGGUGUACUGUAACCUGGUGUACUGUAAUCUGGUGUACUGUUACCUGGUGUACUGUAAUCUAGUGUACUGUAAUCUGGUGUACUGUUACCUGUUGUACUGUAAUCUGGUGUACUGUAACCUGAUGUACUGUAAUCUGGUGUACUGUUACCUGGUGUACUGUAAUCUAGUGUACUGUAAUCUGGUGUUCUGUUACCUGUUGUACUGCAAUCUGGUGUACUGUAACCUGGUGUACUGUAACCUGGUGUACUGUAAUCUGGUGUACUGUUACGUGGUGUACUGUAAUCUAGUGUACUGUAAUCCGGUGUACUGUUACCUGUUGUACUGUAAUCUGGUGUACUGUUACCUGGUGUACUGUAAUCUAGUGUACUGUAAUCUGGUGUACUGUUACCUGGUGUACUGUAACCUGGUGUACUGUUUCCUGUUUUACUGUAACCCGAAGCACCAACAUAUGUAA